GACAGGCGGGCGGGCGGGCAGAGCGAGCCACCCGCCAGGCUGCGCUCAGCCCCGCUCGCAGCGGAGAGAGCAGAAGGCAGGAGGAGGGAGGGGAGGAGGGAGGAGGGAGGGAGAGAGGGAAUCCAGCUACCACCACCCAAAGCCAGCGUCUGCUUUCUGUCCUCAUUUCCUUUUCCCACCCAGCUCGGAGAGCAGAGAAAGGCAGAGAGAGAGAGAGAGAAAUAGAGACAGGCAGACAAACAGACAGACAGACAGAGCGGGAGGGAGGAGGGCGGCGGAGGAGGAGCAGGAGGACUACGCGGGGCGCCUUCCCUCCCAGCCGGGCGCCCGUGUCGCUGCCGCCGGCGGAAGAUAGACGCCCCCCGAAACCCCUCGCCUGGCUCGGACCCACGGAGCCGGCAGCCCAGCACUCCGAUGGGGAGGCUGCCUGACCAUCGGCCUGGACCCCAGAGCCAAGCCAGCUGAGUGAGUGCUGAGGGCCCCGGGUGAGCUCAGGCCUCUGCAGAGACUACCCUGGAGAAGCUGAUGCUGGUAGAGACAGACCUUUCCUGCUGAGUCCAGCCUCUGCAGAGCCUGCACAGGCGCUGUCCACACCCCAAGGCCUGGGCUCAGGCCGAAGUUGCUCCACAACACCCCCAGCUGACAGCCAUCGACUGGCAGAGUCCCCAAGCACGGGGGCCCUCUGUUUACCAGAGAUAACCAGUGUGACAGCCCAGGCGGCAGAGCCGAGGGUUCUGGUCCCGGCUUCUCGUACCCUCAUGUCAGCCCUGGCCCCGCCCGGCGGCCCGAGGAGGACAAGGUCAGGAUGCGUGUGAAGCCCCAGGGCCUGGUGGUGACUUCCAGUGCCGUGUGCAGCUCUCCUGACUACCUCCGAGAGCCCAAGUACUACCCCAGCGGCCCCCCAACCCCCCGGCCCUUGCUUCCCACCCGGCCCCCUGCCAGCCCACCUGACAAGGCCUUUUCCACCCAUACCUUCUCGGAGAACCCACGCCCACCCCCUCGGAGGGACCCCAGCUCCCGCCGUCCACCAGUCCUUGCCAAGGGAGACGACCUGUUACCUCCUCGGGCAGCCCGGCCUGUCUCCCAGGCCCAUUGUCCCUCACCGGCUCCAGACAACAACUCCCUCCGUCACUGGGACAACGGGCGUGUGAACCUGCGUCCAGUGGUGCAGCUGAUUGACAUCAUGAAGGACUUGACAAGGCUGUCGCAGGACCUGCAGCACAGCGGUGUGCAUCUGGACUGUGGAGGGCUUCGGCUGAGCCGCCCACCCGCUCCGCCACCCGGCGACCUGCAGUACAGCUUCUUCUCUUCGCCCAGCCUGGCCAACAGCAUCCGCAGCCCCGAGGAACGUGCUAACCCUCACACCAAGUCAGAGCGGCCCAGCCACCCUCUCUAUGAACCUGAGCCUGAGCCCAGGGAUAGUCCCCAGCCUGGCCAAGGCCAUGGUCCUGGAGCCACGGCCACGGCCACUGGACUGCCCCCCGAGCCCGAGCCGGACGGGCCUGAUUACUCUGAGCUGGCAGAUGCUGACAUCCUCAGUGAACUGGCCUCCCUCACGUGCCCCGAGGCCCAGCUCCUGGAGGCUCAAGCCCUUGAGCCGCCUUCACCACAGCCUGAGCCGCAGCUCCUGGACCCCCAGCCCCGCUUUCUAGAUCCACAGGCACUAGAGCCUCUAGGAGAAGGUUUGGAGCUACCACCCCUGCAGCCCCUUGCUGAUCCCCUGGGGCUGCCGAGCCUGACCCUGCAGGCCCUAGACACCCUACCUGAUUCCUUGGAAUCCCAGCUCCUUGACCCUCAGGCCCUCGACCCCCUGCCCAAGUUGCUAGAUGUCCCCGGUCGACGUCUAGAGCCCCAGCAAUCCUUGGGGCACUGCCAACUGGCUGAGCCCUUACGCCUGGACUUGUGCUCACCUCAUGGUCCCCCUGGGCCUGAGGGCCACCCCAAGUACGCCUUGAGGCGCACUGAUAGGCCAAAGAUCCUGUGUCGCAGGCGGAAAGCCGGAAGGGGGCGGAAGGUGGACUCAGGACCUGAGGGUCGCCUGCUUCCUCUUCCCAUGCCUACAGGGCUGGCAGCUGCUCUGGCCGAGCCCCCACCGCUGCCGCCACCACCACCUCCUCCUACUCUGUCAGGCCCAGGCCCAGUUCCUGAGCUGGAGCCAGAGUCUUCUCAAACCCCAAUGGUCCCUACCCGCAAAGGCAAGUGCAGGGGUGUGCGGCGCAUGGUGGUGAAAAUGGCCAAGAUCCCCGUGUCACUGGGGCGGAGGAACAAGACCACGUACAAAGUUUCAUCCUUGAGCAGCAGUCUGAGUGUGGAGGGCAAGGAGCUGGGCUUGAGGGUGUCGUCAGAGCCCACCCCACUGCUGAAGAUGAAGAACAACGGGCGGAAUGUGGUGGUCGUCUUCCCGCCAGGUGAGAUGCCCAUCAUUCUCAAGCGCAAGCGUGGCCGCCCUCCCAAGAACCUGCUGCUGGGUCCCGGGAAGCCCAAAGAGCCGACAGUGGUAGCUGCCGAGGCUGCUACUGUGACAGCAGCCACCAUGGCCAUGCCCGAGGUGAAGAAACGACGACGACGGAAACAGAAGCUGGCGUCUCCGCAACCAUCAUAUGCAGCAGACGCCAAUGACAGUAAGGCUGAAUAUUCUGAUGUCCUUGCCAAGCUGGCCUUUUUGAACCGCCAGAGUCAGUGUGCUGGGAGGUGCUCGCCACCCCGCUGCUGGACACCCAGUGAGCCUGAGUCCGUGCACCAGGCCCCGGACACUCAGAGCAUCUCUCAGUUCCUGCAUCGGGUGCAGGGCUUCCGGAGGCGUGGAGGCAAAACAGGAGGCUUUGGAGGUAGGGGUGGAGGCCACGCAGCCAAGGCAGCCCGCUGUUCCUUUAGUGACUUUUUUGAGGGCAUUGGCAAGAAAAAGAAGGUGGUAGCAGUGGCAGCUCCUGGGGUUGUGGGUCCUGGUCUCACCGAGUUGGGGCAUCCACGCAAAAGGGGCCGAGGGGAGGUAGAUGCUGUAACUGGGAAACCCAAGCGCAAGAGGCGGUCCCGAAAGAAUGGGACUCUGUUCCCAGAGCAGGUGCCCAGUGGCCCAGGCUUUGGGGAGGCAGGUGCUGAGUGGGUCGGAGACAAGGGUGGUGGCUGGGCUCCUCACCAUGGGCACCCAGGAGGGCAGGCUGGCAGAAACUGUGGUUUCCAGGGGACCGAGGCCAGGGCUUUUGCCUCCACUGGGCUGGAGAGUGGGGCUUCAGGCCGUGGCAGCUACUAUGCUGGUGCGCCCUCAGGCCAGACGGAGCUCAGCCAGGAGCGCCAGAACCUCUUCACUGGCUAUUUUCGGUCCCUGCUUGAUUCAGAUGACUCCUCUGACCUCUUGGACUUUGCCCUGUCGGCCUCUCGCCCAGAGUCCCGGAAGGCAACGGGAACCUAUGCAGGGCCUCCCUCCAGUGCACUGCCUGCUCAGCGGGGCCUUGCCACUUUCCCAAGCCGGGGAGCCAAGGCUAGCCCGGUGGCAGUGGGCAGCAGUGGAGCUGGGGCAGACCCCUCCUUCCAGCCUGUCCUGCCUUCCCGUCAGACCUUUCCACCAGGGCGGGCAACAAGCUACGGGAUAACUCCAGCCACUUCAGACUGCCGGGCAGCUGAGACCUUCCCAAAGCUGGCUCCCCCUCCUUCAGCCGUGGCCCGCUCACCUACAACCCACCCGCCUGCCAACACCUACCCACCUCAGUAUGGUGGCUAUGGGGCCGGGCAAAGCGUGUUUGCCUCGGCAAAGCCCUUUUCAGGCCAGGACUGUGCAAACAGCAAGGACUGCAGCUUCGCCUAUGGCAGCGGCAAUAGCCUCCCUGCCUCACCCAGCAGUGCCCACAGUGCUGGCUACGCCCCGCCACCUACUGGGGGUCCCUGCCUACCACCCAGCAAGGCUUCCUUCUUCAACAGCUCUGAGGGGGGCCCCUUCUCUGGGUCAGCUCCCACACCCUUGCGCUGUGACAGUCGAGCCAGUACCGUCUCACCCGGUGGCUACAUGGUGCCCAAGGGCACCACGGCUUCUGCGGCCUCUGCGGCCUCCUCCUCUUCCUCUUCCUUUCAGCCCUCACCUGAGAACUGUCGGCAGUUUGUGGGGGCUUCUCAGUGGCCUUUCCGGCAGGGGUAUGGAGGCCUGGACUGGGCCUCAGAGGCCUUUAGUCAGCUCUACAAUCCCAAUUUUGACUGCCACGGCAGCGAACCCAAUGUGAUCUUGGACAUCUCGAACUACACGCCGCAGAAGGUAAAGCAGCAGACGGCCGUGUCCGAGACCUUCUCCGAGUCAUCCUCGGACAGCACCCAGUUCAGUCAGCCAGUCGGUGGUGGUGGCUUCAGGCGUGCCAACAGCGAGGCCUCAAGCAGUGAGGGCCAGUCUAGCCUGUCGAGCCUGGAGAAGCUCAUGAUGGACUGGAAUGAAGCGUCGUCUGCUCCCGGCUACAACUGGAACCAGAGUGUCCUCUUUCAGAGUAGCUCAAAGCCUGGCCGUGGACGGCGGAAGAAGGUGGACCUGUUUGAGGCCUCCCAUCUGGGCUUUUCAACAUCCACCUCGGCCACUGCCUCUGGCUACCCGUCCAAACGGAGCACCGGGCCCCGGCAGCCUCGGGGUGGCCGGGGUAGUGGGGCCUGCUCGGCCAAGAAGGAGAGAGGUGGUACAGCGGCCAAAGCCAAGUUCAUCCCCAAGCCACAACCGGUGAAUCCCCUGUUCCAGGACAGCCCAGACCUCGGCCUGGACUACUACAGUGGCGACAGCAGCAUGUCACCACUGCCCUCCCAGUCGAGAGCCUUUGGUGUGGGAGAACGCGAUCCCUGUGACUUCAUGGGACCCUACUCCAUGAAUCCAUCGACACCUUCUGAUGGCACUUUUGGCCAAGGCUUCCACUGUGACUCUCCCAGCCUGGGUGCUGCGGAGCUUGAUGGCAAGCAUUUCCCACCACUGGCCCACCCGCCCACAGUGUUCGAUGCUGGCCUGCAGAAGGCCUACUCUCCCACCUGUUCACCAACGCUAGGCUUCAAGGAAGAGUUGCGGCCACCACCUUCCAAGCUGACUGCCUGUGAGCCCCUCAAGCAUGGUCUUCAGGGGGCUAGCCUGAGCCAUGCUGCCCAAGCCCACCUGAGCUGCCGGGACCUGCCGCUGGGCCAGCCUCACUAUGAUUCCCCUAGUUGCAAGGGUACAGCCUACUGGUACCCACCAGGUUCAGCUGCCCGUAGCCCACCCUAUGAAGGCAAGGUGGGCUCGGGGCUGCUGGCUGACUUCCUGGGCAGGACGGAAGCUGUCUGCCUCAGUGCCCCUCACCUGGCUAGCCCACCAGCCACGCCCAAGGCCGACAAGGAGCCACUGGAGAUGGCCCGGCCCCCGGGUCCACCCCGUGGCCCUGCUGCAGCCACUGCUGGCUAUGGCUGCCCACUCCUUAGUGACUUAACUCUGUCCCCUGUGCCGAGGGACUCGCUGCUGCCCCUGCAGGACACUGCCUACAGGUAUCCAGGCUUUAUGCCGCAGGCACAUCCUGGCCUGGGUGGGGGCCCUAAGAGUGGCUUCCUGGGGCCCAUGGCGGAACCUCACCCUGAGGACACAUUUACCGUCACCUCCCUGUAGUACCAACUGAAGUGCCGACUGGACCACGAGGUUUUGUUCCUGGAUAGCUCUGUCUGUUUCGUCACUGUCCACCUUUGGUUCCACGAUGCCUGCGCUGGAGAAGUAGAUGAAGUCUGUGUCCAGUCCAUGUGAACUAGCAGCCUACUUUGCACUGGCCAGUAAACCAUGCCCAAGACACCACUGACCACGAACCUAAUGCGCUUGUUUCAACCCAACAUGAAUACCCUGUCUAUGGGAGGCUGGGUUCUCCAGCAAGAAGGCGGAUCCUCCACACCAGCCCUUGUGAGCUACAUGAGGAGGGAGGGAAGGCAACAGGAACUUCCUUGAGGCUGGAAAUGGAGCCUAACAAAUGAGAGAUUUCAGCAGUGAGAGCCCUACUCAGCCACCUGGGUCUCUGGCCCACCCCCACCCCAGUCCAUUCUGCCCAUGGUGGCCGCCAUAAGUACUUGCUGUUCAGCAUUUUUAGAUGCACAGUGUCUGGAGCCCCUAAAAUAUUUAUUGGAUGAAUUGAUUAAAGCACAUCUGUUCUUGCAGCUCCGUGCUUCACACCUUGUGAUUGCAUCCUUCCUCUCCAGCCUUCAGUCUACAGAACGCAGGCUUGAAUGCCUGCCAUGGUGCAGAGGGUAUCUGGGCUUCUGUCCCAACAUCCACCUCUGCCUGAGCCCCAUCUCUCUCUCUCUCUCUCUCUCUCUCUCUCUCACACACACACACACACACACUCACACACACUCACACACACACACACCCUUCCUGACCAGGCCGAGUCAGCAGGGAGCAUGAGAGUUUUUAUAGGAUAUGCCCUCGUUUUCUUUGCCCUCUCUUACCCAGUGUGGUCUCCUACCUGUCUGCCCUGUGCAGGUGUGUCCCGAGUGUACCAUCAGUCCCUUUGGACUGUUCACUCGUGUCUGAUCAUUUGGGGGAUAUGGCAGGUGUAUGUGCACAUGCAUGCACACAUGUAUGCAUGUGAAAGAAAUAGACUGCAAGAAAUAGCCUGGAAGAACCAAGAGAGGAAAGGGUGGUCGGUGCCUGCCUUUAAUCCCAACACCCUGGCGGCAGAAACGUGCACUCUGACUGCCAGACCAGCCAGGGCUACAUAGAGAAAACCCUGUCUCCAAAAGAGAGAGGUGAAGGCUCAGUGCCUACAUCUUCAGGAAGUAAUCCUAAAAGUGGCACACGGAAGGAAGGGUGUGUCAGGGAACCUGUGACACUCUCAGGACCAGGUGGCUUUCAAAGGGGAGGCCUCCUUCCUGGAGACACAUCUGUAUGUGUAAUAGUGUACAAAUGCGGAGAUGAGGACUUGUUACCUCAAGACAAAAUGAACUGGCAAGUGGGCGGUGUGCUCACAGCAGAUUGGGUGUCUGCAGGUGAGAAGCCUGUCUAAUCCAUCAGCAAGUUUUGUAGGUCUCUGUGUCCAGUAACAAAAGGGGGGGGGCUCUCAGAACCAAAGUUCAAGGCACCGAUCCUGAAAAGUGGAGGAGCCCCCCAGACCCUGAGGUCUUUGGUCUCGGUUGGAAGCCUCCUGUGACCCUUCACUGAACCUCUCGUGGUAUAUCUGCCUGUCAGGUGUAGUUUAAGCCCCACAGAAAUAUCUUGCACAUUGAGGUACCUCAAAGGCCUGCAGUAACAUGAAAUGCCAGAGAAGUAGCUUGGUCUUCAGGCGACUGAUUUGCCCUUUGACCCUUGUGUCUGGAACACCUAAAGGUCUCAUCACUUGUUCAAGCCCUUUGCUUUUCAGAAAGAGAACUGAAGCUCAGAGAGAGAAGGGCCUCCCUCUCCAUCUUCCGCGCCUGACACUGAAAUCCUUUUCUGGAGGCAUAGACCAGGGAGCGGAGGUCAAGCCUUAGCACAUGCCCUAGCAGGAAGUGGGUGUGGUACAGUUUCUUACCAGGAGUGUACCCUCCCUUCAUAGAGAGAAUGGUUCUCUGGGCGGCCAGAUCUCUUUAUAAUCCAUAGCACUUUGAAUCUCUGCCCAGGCAAAGACCACCGAAGUCUCUAAAGCUGCUGGAGUGUGAGGGUACAGUGGAUGUGGUUCUAAGGUUCCUCCUGGGGCCACUAAGUAACGCAGUUGGUGUCCUGGGGCCAGGUGCAUACUGGAACUGAGGGUUCAGAAGUGAACCACACAGGUCCAUGUUCUAGCAGAGCAGCAUGGGGAAUGGCAAGUGCUCUGGUAGCUAUGGUAACAAGGCCUUCUAAGAAGGCAUCCUAGAGGCAUGUGAAAGCUGAGGUGCUGACCAGCCAUAGAUCUGUCACAGUGCUGCCAUUUGUCCACACGUAUGUGCCAUCCCAGCAUGCUCUAGUCUUCCUUCCCAGACUGGGUGCAGGGUUCCUCCUCAUCCUGAGCCCCACAGGCCUUGCCUUGGCACAACCCUCUAUCUGCAGAUGACCUGGGUUAGGACGUGUCUGCUUUGCUGUCCCUCCACUUCAGCAGGCUUUUUACGGUGGAUCCAGAGCGAUUCUGCUCUCUGCCUUGUUCCUAAUCCCUCAGCAGGGCUGCCUGGCACCUCGUUAUUUGGUUCGGUUUUCAGGACUUGAGUCUAGCUAAGUCUGCAUUCGGCCCAGCAUAACCUCCUCCCUGCACGAAGAACACCCCCGUCCCAGCCUUUGAUUCUUCCCCACCCACCAUCCUCCCCCAGAUUCUGCUUGUGCCUCUGGCUGGCCAAGUCCUAGAAGCUGGGAAGGCAGUGGGAGGGAAGGGUAAGGUGCUCUGGGCAGCCUAGCAGAGGGUGAGAAAGCCUCCUGCUGCCUGGCCGCAGGCACCAUGGGAAGGAAGGUUCUGGCAGGAACCGCCUGCUGGGCUGAGAUCACCAUGGAGACCUGGCUUACUGAGGGUCACUGGCAGUGGCUAAGGGCUGGUGGGGGUGGGAGCGAAGGGGAUUUAUGCAGGAUUUGUGCUCUAGGCCCUUGGGGGAGCAGGCAAAACUGGGGUUCUUCAUCACUCACUGUGCCAAGUAGUUUGCAGGAGCCCACCCUCUAUUGUUGGUUACCCAGAAGAUUGUUCAUCUUGGCAACUGUCCCUCAACUGCAGAGACAUCAGCUUCUGGACUGAGGCCCCCAGUGCUUGCUGAGCCUGGCACCCCACAUGUCACGGUCCUUUCCCUUCAUCUCUGCAAUUGGUCGAGCUUGUCACCCUAACUGUAGAGAGCUGACAUUCAUCCCCGCAGCACCUCUGCUCCCAAGAGCUGCUUUUCUGCUUACUGCCCCAAUUGUGAUGCAUCUGUCACCUUACAGACGCACUGGCUUGUCCUCCCCACUACCCCUUACUGAGGUACAGAUCUGAUGUCUCAGGCCUCACCAGCCCUUUUGCUUCUCUCUGCCUGGCCUCAUCACCAAAAUGGGGUGCUUCUCCUUCCCUGCAGGAGCCCACCUGGUGCCCCUGGCUCUCAGGAGUGUCCUGGCUAGUCCAACCAGAGGACAAAAGUCAUCCCUGGAGCUGAUUGCCCAGCAGACAGCAGCUGAGGCUGAGCGGAAUGCCAAUGUGGUCCUGUUGGAGAGGCAAGCCAAGAAAGUACAGGGAGAAAGGCUUUCUGUCGCUGCUGCCUGGCUCCUGCGGCUGUGGGGGAGGACAGGUGGCUCACAGAGGAGACUUAGAAGGCAGUUUAGCACCCCAGCCCUGCUCCUCUUCUGGAGGAAAUGGUCUUGCACUUGGGGGUGGGGAGCCAGGAUCGCAGACCUCUGAACGGCAGGCAGUCUAACGGCCCAGGGUUCUGGGAAUGACCAAGCUGGUCCUGUCCUGGCUAUAUCUCAUCCCUUACAGCAACGGCUGCAGAUCUGGGUGAGGGGGGUUGGGCCAGACUGGUGGUCUGCGUAGAGAAGAUAAGUUCCACACACGUGAUCAGAACUGUCUAUGGAAAAGAGGUACCCGAGUGGCUGUGGGGACUGGGGAGUUUGCUAGCUUCAGGAAGGCAGUGUCUCCACCAACACAGAUGGCAUUGUGUUGGAUGAGUUCUUUCUACCUUCAUUCAUCUCCUCUCUCCUGGGAGCAGAGUGGGUGAGGGGGCCUAGGAAGAGAGGUGGCAUUCAAAUAAAUAGAAUCAGGCUUUCACCCCUUGUGGUGCUCUGCCUCGCAAGCCUCUGUCCUUGGAACUUCUCUUACCGUGGAGGUUUGGAAGGCCUGUCUGGCCCCAGGAAGAUAAUAAAAGUGAUAGUUUUAGUGAUUGCAUAUCUGUGUUGAAUCUUCCUCUGUCUUAGCCCACUGGAUUCAGCAACAAAAUCUAGGCUGGGUACCCCUGUUGUCCCUGCUUUACUCUC